CUGAACCACACGUUUCUGAAAGCACACCAGUUGCUAUUAAAAACAUAUCCGGUCAGAAGCAAUGCUGUACAAUUCUCAGAACAAAAUUAUCUUUUUUAUUUUCAUAGUGCUGCUUCAGUUGUUGCCCAGAACUGCUGCGCAGUGUUCGCAGCGUUGCGGUCAGAAGUUGAAUAUAUGCUCCUGUCACACAACAUGUGAAUCCUUAAAGGAUUGCUGCGCAGAUUAUAAACAAUUUUGUCUUGACAUUACGCCCUACUCUGGAUCCCUGCUUGGAGGAGCUGACUUUGAAAUUCUCAACGUUACAUUUGAGCAAAACAUUAACCUGACUUGUAGGUUUAAGUCUGAUAUUUUGACUGAGGGCUAUGUUGAUGUGAACGGCAUGGGUCAUUGCAUCUCUCCUAUGCUGUAUGAGUCGGGCUGGAUCCCUUUUGAAGUUUCCACCGAUGGAGUUAGCUAUGAUAGAUCAGGGAGGUGGAUGUCAGUUCAUCACAGUAAGCUGAGCCCUUUUCACAAGAUCAUACUAGGCAAUGCAACGCAAUGGCAAUACUAUGGCACCCCUAAUGUGGGCGGAGAUUUAAAGAUGAUAUGGAUACCAUCUCUAAUAAAAGCAAAGACCGUGAACGUCGAACUCUGGGGUUACAAUGAGACUGGAGCGGCGUAUUCCAGUAACUGGGAAGCAGAAUGGAAGUAUCUGUACACCGUGGGCAGAGAUGUGCCCAACAAUGGAGUCUUCAGUUUUACCCCACAGCCCGCAGAAAAGCCCUACUCGCUCUGGGACCUGGGCAGCAUGCGGGUCAACCCUACCACCAAACCAGAUGGAGCCCGGGAUGUGAAUGCCUUGUGGACUGGUGCGUAUGCGGUCGCCUGGCAUUUAGAGGAGGCCUUUAGGAAGGACUCGGCAGGCUGGGCUCUGGAGAAAUGUCUCAUUUGGGACCAAGAGGAGAAAGCGAUGCCCAGCUUCCAGACUGAGAUCACCGACUGUCCCUGCACGCUGGCUCAGGCUCGUGCGGACACCGGGAGAUUCCAUGUGGAUUACGGCUGUGAUAUUGAGGCUGGCAGUUUAUGCACUUAUCACCCAGGUGCCAUCCACUGUGUCAGAGCCAUACAGGGCAGUCCUCAAUAUGGAGCCGGUCAGCAGUGUUGCUAUGACAGCACUGGAGCUCAGGUGCUCACAGGGGACUCUAUUGGAGGCAGCACCCCAGAUCGAGGGCAUGAUUGGGGGUCGCCACCAUACAAAAAACCUCCUAGGGUUCCAGGAUUCUCACACUGGAAGUAUGAUGUCAUCAGUUUCUACUACUGCUGCCUGUGGUCAAAAAACUGCGAGUAUUACUUCACACACCGACCGUCUAGUGACUGCAGAACAUAUCGUCCUCCAAGAGCGGCUGCUGUUCUCGGUGACCCGCACUUUGUGACAUUCGACGGUAUUACUUUCACCUUCAAUGGGAAAGGAGAGUACCAUCUGGUUCAUUCCUCAACCUAUCAGCUGUCUGUGCAAGGAAGGGCCGAGCCAAUGAAAUCAGAGAGUGGUGAGUCGGUGAAACUUUCAGAUAUUUACGAUGCAUUGUAUCUCAGACAUCUUCAAGUUUGUUCUGUACUUUCAGGUUCUGUCACUAAUGCAACACGGCUUUGUUCUGUGGCCAUGAGGGAGAAAGACUCUGAUGUCAUCGAGGUGCGGCUCGGAGACAAAGCAGAUGAGCUGCAGGUGUUAAUGAACCAGCAGGUGCUAACGUUCUCUGAACAGAAAUGGAUGGACCUUAAAGAUGUUUUUGUUUUUUCCCCCAAACCCUCUAAUGUGACGGUGAUGUUUCCGUCUGGGACUGGGGUUGAGGUCAGAGCAAGUGCAGGGGUCAUGACCCUUACUGUUCUACUGCCCCUUGACUUUCAGAACCACACACAAGGGCUUCUCGGUACAAUGAACAAUGACCCUGAGGAUGAUUUUACGUCCAGUAAUGGUGGAAUGAUCCCACUCAACAGCAGUGCUAAUGACAUAUUUACAAAUAGUGCUAGCUGGGCUGUUACGAAUGAAACUUCACUAUUUACUUACGACUCAACCCACCUCCUGGACGAAUAUUAUUAUUCCCCAAAGCACGAUCCAUCUUUCAUCCCCGUAUUUUCUGUUGACGAAGACCCCGAGGACCCCCUGCUGGAGCCGACGCUGCAGAUGUGUUCAGGGGAGGGGGCAGAGCUCUGUAAAUAUGAUGCGCUAAUCACACGCAGCCUGGAACAAGGCAACGCAACGCUGCUAUCCUUCUGGAGUCAUAUGUCCAUCAAGACUGCUCUGCAAUCUGUGCAAUCCUGUGGUUGGUUACCACCACCCUACCAUGGCCAGAAGGAAGGAACCUUGUACCUAGAAGGAGCAACGGUCACAUUCUCAUGUCAUGAUGGAUACAGUCUCUACGGAUCUCAGGAACGCACCUGCGACGGGGAUGGAAAAUGGUCCGGACAGGAGACGAGCUGUGUGGCUGAUAAUACUCUGGCCAUUGUGUUGGGCAGUGUUGGUGCCGUGUUGGCGGUGGUUAUAAUGGUGAUAGCAAUCGUUGUUUACACAAAGCAACAAAAGAGAGAGGCAAAGAGACAACAGGACGACAAGGUGACCUAUUACGCAUCAAACCUGUGAUGUCUACGAAAUGCAUUGGAUGUUCAUCUUUCGUACAUUUUGUACAUAUGUUUUAUUAGUCCUACUAGAAUGGUCAAAUUUUUAGUUUUAUUUAUACAUAUCAUUUACAAAUCCAUAUUAGACAAUAAUUCAUCUUUAUUCUAGAUGCUAAACACUGACUGAUUUGUCGUCUUGCAACCUGUGGGCUUCAGAUUUGUGUCAAACACACAUGGGAGAUUUUACUUCCCUUCUAAAACUUCAAGGCACAAUAUGUCAUAACAGUGUUACGAUUUGUUCACUUGUGUACUUGCAUGAUCUCAAAUAAUGUUCCCAAACAUGUUAAUUUUUGUUUUAACCAGUGAACAUGUCUUAUUCGUUACAUGUUGAUGUCGCUUUUAUUACCUUAGAAACAAUAAUUGUUCGAGUAGAUUGAUCACUUUGGUUCUGCUACCAACAAGCAUGUAGUACUCUGUGUUCUUUUCAACACAUUCAAAUCCAUUCUGCAGAUGUUGUCUCGGUCUGCUUAUGAUGCAAGUUCCCUUAGAAGGUCGCUGCCUAUGUAAACAGCAGCAGAAUGCAUGGCAGCGCAUCAAGUUUUGAGCAAUCCUUUUCGUUUUGCAGAUCUUUAUAUUUCAAUACUACUGACAUUUUGUAAAAUAUAUCUGUUGUAUUAUUCUAUCUACAUUAAUAAAUUCAUUUAAAUGACUCAAUAAACUUUUAAA